CGCAAUUCCUAACAACCGAAGCCAAAAAAACACUCUACAGCAGAGUGACAAACAAUUUAUCCCUCCACACGUCCGGGCAAGAACGGUAGCUGACCGCCGCCAUGGGGUCCUAUUUCAGUCGAGACAUUAGAGUACAGCCGCUUAAUAAUGUCCCUAUACCCCUACAAAACCCGCCAGGCGUUGUGGGCGCGGCGGGGGCCCUUUCUGAGCGCCUAAAUGCCCUCGCCAUGGAUUUAAUAGAACAGCUGAGAGAGAAGAAGAGGGAGCACGCUGCUAGUAUCUGCGGUCAUGCUAGCACGUUAUGCGACCUCCUCAAAAGUGCGGACAUCGGCAUCGGUGUGGGGGCGAGUUUUGCCAGUGCAUUCUUCAAACACCUUCAUGUGGCGCUGAUGCUUGAGCCAGAAGCUAACUUACUAACGCUAGACGUCAUCAUGGUUGUCGAGCUCCUGUUGAAAGCCACGAGUGCUUUCAACGCGGAUGAGGGCGCUCCAGGCGCGAUCCUGGAGGACCAGCUUUGGAGGUCCAAGGCAGGUGCCAUACACACCGCCAUGCUCCAGCUGGCUCUUGACGAAGCGCGCAAGGCCAUUGAGCUGUGCAAGCAGAGAAACUACGCCAGGAAAUUCAUCUUUGCUGAAGGCCUGCGUAGUGCUGUUCGUGCUGCCUCAAACCAGCUAGAGAAAGCUAGGGGGCACUUCUUUGACGCCAUCAUUGCUGGCAAAGUGCUAGGCGAGUGCGUGGCAGAGUCUGUGGCCCAGAAGCGGGCAGAGCAGGAGGGGAUCCUGGGACAAAACCGCUCCAUCCUGCUCUCAGGUUCUGACCGGCGGGCACGCUUGUAUGCACGGGAUUCAGACCUGGACGUCGCUGGCAUGGCUAAGGAUGGAGCUAAUGCCAACCCAGAUGAGUGGGGCGAGCUGCUGGAAGCGCACCAAGGGUGCAUGGCCAUCACGAACAAGCUCCAGCCUUGCUCCAAGCGGGCACAGCAGGUGUUCAUGGUGCACAGUGAUAGGUACCUUGAGGCCCGGGGAGGUGCUGAUGCACAGAGGCACUUGUUGCCCAGUAAGGCCUUCUUGUGCGUCUGCACCCAGCAUGGCACCGGCUCUGACGCCAACGAUGGCUUCCUGGUGGCCAACAUGGGUGCCGCCGUCACGCAGAAGUAUCCUGCAGCCGCUGUCAACAUCAGAGCCCCAAGGGAGCAUGAUUUCAGGAUGGAGCAGACGGCCAUCGGUACCAGGCGUUUCUCAAGAUGCCUUAGGGUGUCCCGUGAAGACCUCAGGCUGUUCCAGGACAAUGGCAUGGGUGGAUGGCGCGAGCUGGUGGCGCAGCUCAGGGAGGCAAAGCAAGGCCAGGACGGCCACCUUUACGCCUGUCAUGCUGUGAAAAAUGAUGGAACGGGCUGCACAGCCGCUGUGAAACACAUAUAUGCUGUGGGUUGCUCACCCACUCAGGUCAAGAUACUCUGCGUCUGUGGACACCACCGUGCCCUGGGCGCGGCACGGCCAAUCUUGCUUUACAGGGAUGGCGCUGACGCCCAGGGUGCCGCGGCCAUUCAACGUGACUUGGCACCGUUGCUGGAGUAUAUGGCAAACCCGAUCCCAGAGCGUGCACCAUUGCCUCUGUUGCAGGAGUAGGAGAGAGUGCAUGGAGCUGGCUAUGCAUGUUGCUUGGGGCUCAUUGCGCCUUAGUGAACUGGCUCGUUAUGGAUGGAUGCCCAGUGGUUGCCAGCGCAGCAUAUGGACCGCAACUGGGCUACGUGCCAUCCAUCCAUGUAGCUACAACCCUAUGGUGCUGAUGGGUCAAAAGCCAAAAGCAAUGUGGAUACGACGUUGUUGGCUGGUAUUGGCUUCAGGGCCGUUUAUGAUGAGGGUAGGUGGAGGGACCUCCCAAUACCUUAAGCUGCCUGAUGGGGACCGCUCCUUUAGCCUUGGGUUUGGGACCUGUGCGAGCCCUGUAUGUACGAUCACAUGGUACGGUGUAGGGCCCUCCCGUCCUACCGCACAACAUUAUGAACCAUUCCGGUCAAGAGGUGUGGGUCAAGAGGUGUUUGAGCCCUGUAUGGGCCACAGCAGUACCUUGAUGGUGGAACAUGCACGGCUUCCUGUAGGUGGUCAGCGCUGCCAAUGGGCUUCUGGACUCUUCCAUGCAUCCCUUUUAGUUUUGGCGUUUAUCCAUUUGGUGGUGGGAUUCAGUUUUUUGCUAGGGAACGUCCAUGUGUUUCAUGCUAGUGCCGAUCGAUGAGCGCUGUGGCUGUGGGUCUGUUGUGUUGGCUGGGAAUGUCUGCUGCACUGCUCCUGCACAUGUGGUGGUUGGCGAGGUUGAGGUUGACGUUCGGGGCUGACUUCAUGGCUGGAGCUGCAUGACAUGAGUGUGCAGCAAUGCGUUUGGGUUGUUCUGGCCUUUAUGGCUUGCGUUUAUGAAGGAAGAUCGGAGAUUUUGGCGGGAAUAUUAUAGCAAACCAGGUGCUGCGGGGGAUUUUGGGCAGGCUGGCUUUCCUGCUGUGUGUGUCUUGGUCUUGGGGUCCGCUUCGCAGGGAUGGCAGGGAUGGCAGGUAGGGUAGUCCUUUGCACCCAAUUUUGCGUGUUGGUUGCAGAUGGAAAGUCUUUGUGUUAUGUUGUGUGUCUUUUUCGGGCCCGUACGUUUUGCUGCUCUAAAGUCAGCGAGGUGGGGUGUUCUAGCCUGGCAUCUGCUCGUAGUGAUGUCUCUGCUUGUGCUUGGGGAACUGUUCGGUAGGAUGGUUGCUGUUGCGUUUCCUGGUUAGGCAGCUACCCUGUGUGCCGUCAUCAUCUGCUUCAGCGGGCACAGUCAGCAUGAUGGAUUAUGGAAACGUGCAUGACUUUCUGUGUGCUAAACAUUCGUUGGAAGGGCGGGAAAGGGCGUGUAGCAGAACCUGAUAUUUGCGGUCGGUGUGUUUGCUGGGGGUGGGAGCAACCGUUACGUUUUCCUAUAAUCGGGUUUAGUGCAACUGGGCUGCCGUUAAGGGAGGGUUGAAAUCCCUCUGAUCGCCCCAUCUCUUUCCAGUUCGGUCAAUCCUUUCCUUUCCUUGCUAAUUGUAUUUACUAGGGGGCCAGUUCCCGGAUUAUGACGGCGUGAUUAUGGCCAGCUGUUAUGGGUAGCUGGCCUGGGGCCAAGCCCUGUCAAUGAAGAUGCUGGUUGGGCUGCUUGUGUUGGUGCUAAGCCUCACCUUACUUGUGGUGGUUGCUGGGGUUGAGGGGGGGGGGCUGUUUUAUGACUGCUACCCUUGUAGCCACCUCUGCCUUUAGUGGUUGUCUUUGGGCUUUGGUUAUUCAUGGUUUGUCCUGCUUUCACACCGUAUUGGCACGGCGUCGUCAGGAGCCGUAUCCUGGGCACCUGUGGUGUUGGGAAAUGCUACCUAUCCUGGUGCGGUGCUUGUCGUGGACCGUUAUUGACUCGUGCGUCCCGUGAGCAAGACGGGUGUCCAUUUAGCUUCUGCAUAUUUUGCUAAUGUGAGGUUGGUCUUGAGGUUGGAGUUGUCGGUUUGUUGUUCUGGGCGCGGUUAGUUCGUUGUCUGUUGGGUAGUGGUAUAUUUGGCAUCUGUGUCGUACAGUCGUCAGUGCUCUUAAUUCGUGCAGCCCCCCUACUCAGGGGCUGCACUCUGCUUGCUGUGUAUGCAAGGUGCCCUUUCAAACACUCCGGUAGUGUUGUGAGUGUUACUGCUGCUGGUCGACUAGUUGUUCCUAUGCAGUGAAAGGAGGCGCAAUAAGUUCUGGGCUUUAGCAGGCAUGACAGCACG